AUGGCCUUUUGUUUCAUUAACAGCUAUGUCUUGUCGUUUUCACUUGGUGAUGGUCCUGUGCCUGCACUUCUUCUACCAGAGAUAUUUGCUUCAAGAAUCAGAGCAAAAGCAGUUGCUUUGUCAUUAGGAAUGCAUUGGAACAAGGAUUUGAGUUUUGCUGGAUUUACAAAGCAAAUGAUUCUUGAAAUGUGCAUUUUGAGUGGCUGUGACUAUCUGCAGUCAUUACCAGGAAUGGGACUGAAAAGGGCUCUUGCACUUAUAAAACGAUUUACAACUUACGACCAGGUGAUAAAGCACCUAAGAUACAACAUUUCUUCGGUUCCACCUCUUUAUGAAGAAUCAUUCAAGAAAGCACUACUGACCUUUCAGCAUCAACGUGUUUACGAUACAAUUACUGAAAAAAUUGUUCAUUUGUCUGACAUUUCUGAGAAUAUUGAGGAUGAUGGGGAUUUCUUAGGGCCAUAUCCUUUUUAAAUAUAGUUUUUCUCAAGUUAAAAUUUCUGCUUCUAUUUAAUAAUUGUGAAAUACUUGAGAUCCCUUAACUAUGUU